UAGGAGACAGACGUGAAGAAUGGGCGCUAUGAAGUGGCUGGUGAUUUUUGUCUUGCUGGGCAUAUGCUCAAAGGUACAGUAAUGGAAUAAAACCUGUUAUAAUAAUAUAAAUCUUAUUUCAAAUUUAGGCUCAAACAUUUUGUUGUGAGAGCACAAUGCAAUGCAACAUUACAAGUGAUUAACUUCUUGGUAGUAACUUGAUUUUUAUGUACAUAAAAGUAUUGUUAACAAUAUUUUCUCAUCUAUAUUUGCAGGCUGCAGCCCAAGAUAUCCAAGUAUCCGUGUUCUCAGUAACAACCAAGUCCGCGAUUCUCAGAUGGACCAGGGCCACCGGAGCCAGCUCAUACAAGAUCACCGCCACCUCCAAAAGCUCACCAAGCAACUCUGUUGUUUUUGCCACGUUUGGUCCAAACACAGUGCUUGGCUCUGUCAACUCUCUGUCCCCAAACAUCGUGUAUACAUUCACAGUUGAAGCCCUGGAUAAUUCCCAAGUAACACUGAGCUCUGCAGCUGUUGAGUCAUCCACAGCCCCUGGGAUGAUGGAUCCCAUCCAGACAGUGAAGACGAUCGAUAGCGAGACCUUGAUGGCGUCGUUCAACGCGGAGACCGGGGCGACUCAUUACAUCAUACGAAUCGAGGACGCCAAUGGCUUCUUCAGAGAAGACACAGUGUCCUCGACCACCGCUGAGAUUAAGUCCCUCACACCAUACACUGAGUACAUGCUCAGCAUCAUGGCUGCCAACGGUGGAGGCCGGAGCCAGCCGUCUCUUCCUCAGACUGCAAAGACAGUUUUGCAUCCUCCUCAGCUCUCUGCCUCGUCUCCCAGCAAUGACAGCAUCAUCGUAUCCUGGGCUCCUGUUGCUCACGCUGUCCAGUACACUCUGUCCAUAUACGAGUUUGGCUCAAACACCAGCAUGAAGCACAACACCUCCAACACCAAUCUGACCAUCUCGGGCCUGGAUGCUGGCUCCCUCUACGUCAUUGAGAGUUUCGCCUGGGACCUGGAGGGCCGAGAGGGAGAUGGUCUGUCCAUCAACCAGACAACAAGACCUCCAUCACCAUAUCGGGCCAAUGUCUCUAUGGUGAUGAGUAACGGUGUGUCCGGACUCUCUGUGUCCUGGGAACUCGAUCAGGAGGUCUAUGGAUCCAUCCAAUACCACGUGAUGAGUGACCAGAACCUCACCUGUAACUCCACAUCCAGCUCCUGCACCCUGCAGCCAGUGGGCUGUGGAGAGGUACACACCAUCCAGGUCACCGCCUCCAACGAGGCAGGGCCCAGCCAGCCAUCCAGCCCCGUGGAGUUCAUCACCUUCCCUUGCCCCCCAGAGUCUUUGGCUCUCGUGGAGUCAACUGAAGGAAACUGCACGCUGACAUGGGACACCGUGCCUCAUGCCGACAGCUACCAGGCCUUCAUCAAGAGAGGUGACGGCCCCGCGGAGACCUGCAACACCACCAGCAACAACUGCACCUACCACUGCAAGUGUGGCAACACAUACCUGAUGUCUGUGUUUGCGUUCAACCAGGCUGGCAGCAGUCCCCAAGGACCGAUUCUCAACUACACCACCUUGCCCUGUUGUCCAGAGGGUGUGUCAGUCUCCAUGGUGAGCACUGACACUCUGGAGGUCACGUGGACGGCCUCGCAGGGGGCACAGCUGUACGAGACUCGAGCUGCAGACGGUUCAGAGGUUAUCCUGUGUAACGACACGGCACCGGUGUGCGCCCUCUCUGACCUCAGCUGCGACAGUCCCUACAGCGUGCUGGUGACACCCUGCAAUGAAAUCAGUGGAUGCAACCGUGCAUGCAAAGCUCACACCAAAAACACAGCUCCCUGCAUGCCGAUGAAUCUGUUGCUGAAUCUGAAAAACUCCUCUUGCGUCAGCGUCAGCUGGACAGCAAACAACAGUGCUGCUACUUACACUGUGAGCGCGUCGGGAGAUGACGCCGAACACACCUGCACCACCAGCGGAAACAGCUGCAACAUCACGGACCUUCCCUGCGGCUCCAUGUACGAGGUCAGCGUCACAGCAACCAGCCCCUUCGGACAGAGUUUACCCAGCUACUCGGACUCUCUGGAAACAGAACCCUGUUGCCCGGUCAAUCUAACAGUCGACCAGGUAACGCAGGCAGUGACCAACGUCUCGUGGUCUCACGCCAAAGGAGCUCAUUCGUUCAUCACUUCUCUGACAUCAACACGUGGUCACGCCCGCUGCCACACCCAGGACUCCCACUGCCUCAUGGGAUGCAUCACCUGCGGGACCAACUACACCGUCACCAUGGAGGCGUUCAGCCACAGCGGGCGCAGUUCCAACUGCUCCUAUAAGGGCUUCUCGUCCAGUGCCUGCUGUCCGUCAGGCGUCAGGCUCUACAAGAUGGCUGGUAACUCUCUACGGGUUUACUGGCGCAGCGCUGGCAGCAGCCACAGCUACAUCACAGAUAUGGUGGGCAGCAGCAACAACUACACCUGCACUGCCUCUUCUGGGGAGAGCAGCUGUGAUGUUGGCAACGUCCAGUGUGGGGACGUGUAUAAUGUAGUGGUGGCUCCGCUCACACCAGAGGGCAGCAAAGUCCUGUUCUGCCCCCAGAGACUGUACUCAGUCACUUGCUCAGGGAGCAACAUUGGCACAGUGAUUUACAGAGGGAAGAGAAGUGUGGACUAGCAUAUGAUGCACACUUCCAUCUUUUUCAUCCUCCUCUUCCUCCUGCAUCCUCCCUGCACCACUGGAUUAAAGCCAUGCUCGGAGCUAAAUAAAGUGUGAACCAGAAAUAAACAUACUUGUCCGUUGGCCAUGAUACAUCCUCAUGUUAUCACAUACAUGACGAAUAAAGAGAAAUAAAAGUUUGAGAUAUUGCACAGCGUUGUAAACCUGCCUUCAUGUAUCACGGCCAAACAAAACAAUCACUGUAUCCUCAACGAUCACAAUCAAGCACUUGAAUAUGAACAACAAUGCAUUUUGUGUGUGCUGCUCAAAAUAUGGAUCAUGAGACUAAAUCAUAGCAUGAUUUGGGAAAUACAAAAUAGUUUCUCAUGAUAAGACAUUUGAUUCACAAACAACUAAAACUAAAUGUAUAUGUUGUAUGAUAAUGAUAAUUGUCAAUUUAUUUUAUUUUUACCCCGGAGCUAUUGCCUUAAAAACUCCAAAUAAAUGAUCUA